GCUCCAAGCCUUCCACCCACGCACCGCAGCACCAUGUACCGUGCACUCCGGAUCCUCACGCGCUCGCGUCGCCUGCUGCGGGCCCCGCCGUCGGCCUCUGCUCCGGGCUCGGGUGGCACGGCCGUCCUCCCGCUGUGGCCCCCGAACACCGCCCUCAUGGCAAGCCAAAAUUCCUUCCGUGUAGAAUAUGAUACCUUUGGUGAACUGAAGGUCCCAACCGAUAAGUACUAUGGUGCGCAGACGGUGAGGUCUACAAUGAACUUUAAGAUCGGAGGUCCAACAGAACGCAUGCCAAUCCCUGUUAUUAAAGCCUUUGGCAUUUUGAAGCGAGCUGCCGCUGAAGUAAACCAGGAUUAUGGUCUUGAUCCAAAGAUUGCUAGUGCAAUAAUGAAGGCAGCAGAUGAGGUAGCUGAAGGUAAAUUGAAUGAUCAUUUUCCUCUUGUGGUGUGGCAGACUGGAUCAGGAACCCAGACAAAUAUGAAUGUGAAUGAAGUCAUCAGCAACAGAGCCAUUGAAAUGUUAGGCGGGGAACUUGGCAGUAAGAAACCAGUGCACCCCAAUGAUCACGUUAAUAAAAGCCAGAGCUCCAAUGAUACUUUCCCUACAGCAAUGCACAUCGCUGCUGCAAUGGAAGUUAAUGAAGUUCUGUUACCAGGACUGCAGAAGCUGCACGAUGCUCUCAGUACAAAAUCCAAAGAGUUUGCACAGGUCAUCAAAAUCGGGCGGACUCACACGCAGGAUGCUGUUCCGCUUACUCUUGGGCAGGAGUUCAGUGGUUAUGUUCAACAAGUACAGUAUGCGAUGGCGCGAAUUAAAGCUGCCAUGCCGAGAAUCUACGAGCUCGCAGCUGGAGGCACUGCUGUCGGCACCGGGUUAAACACUAGAAUUGGCUUUGCAGAAAAGGUUGCUGCAAAAGUGGCCUCACUCACAGGCUUGCCUUUUGUCACUGCUCCAAAUAAGUUUGAAGCUCUUGCUGCUCACGAUGCUCUGGUUGAACUCAGUGGAGCCAUGAACACCACAGCCUGCAGUCUGAUGAAGAUAGCAAAUGACAUUCGUUUUCUGGGUUCUGGUCCUCGGUCAGGUCUGGGAGAACUGAUCUUGCCAGAGAACGAACCAGGGAGCAGUAUCAUGCCAGGCAAGGUGAACCCUACUCAGUGUGAAGCGAUGACCAUGGUUGCAGCCCAAGUCAUGGGGAAUCACGUGGCCGUUACUGUUGGAGGCAGCAAUGGACAUUUUGAGUUGAAUGUUUUUAAACCAAUGAUGAUUAAGAACGUGUUACACUCCGCCAGGCUGCUGGGGGAUGCUUCUGUUUCCUUCACAGAAAACUGUGUGGUGGGGAUCCAGGCCAACACAGAAAGGAUCAACAAGCUAAUGAACGAGUCUCUAAUGUUGGUGACCGCUCUUAAUCCUCAUAUAGGCUAUGACAAGGCAGCAAAGAUUGCCAAGACUGCACACAAGAAAGGAUCAAACUUAAAGGAAACAGCUAUUGAACUUGGCUACCUCACAGCAGAGCAGUUUGAUGAGUGGGUGAAACCUAAGGACAUGCUGGGUCCAAAGUGAUUUAAAUGAAUUUGUAAUAAAAAAAAGAAACCCUAUAUAUAAAAUUUUAAAAAACAAGA